CAGCACGGAGUGGGAGCGGAGGCGGCAAACCCUGCUCUGCCCUCGGGGACCAGCCCCUGCGCAGUCCCGGUGCUGGAGUGUCACACUGACAUGGCGAGCACCGAUGGGGCAGAGCCUGAUGCUGACGAUGCAGCUGAGGCCAUCUACGAGGAGGUGAUGCCCUGCAGCAGGAUGGAGCUGAGCCAGCGGCUGGCUGUGGAGGAGCUCAUCACCACUGAGGCCAGCUACGUCCACAACAUCCAGCUCUGUGUGUCGGACAUCCGGGCACACCUCCAGAAGAAAGAGCUGCCUGAUCUUGACCUGGAAGGACUCUUCUCUAACACCGAUGACAUCCUCCAUGUCUCCAGACGGUUCCUGAAGGGUCUUGAGGCUGCAGCUACCCAGGAGCACGAGCAGCUGCUCCGCAUCAGUGCCCUGUUCCAGGAGUUCAAGGAGGAGAUGGAGACCGUCUACAAGAUCUACUGUGCCAGCUACGAGCAUGCCCUCCUGCUGGUAGAGAGCUACCGCAAGGACCCCAGGCUGCAGCAGGAGAUCUUGGAGACCCUGAAUGCAACAGUGCCUCACACGGGCGCAUCAGACCUCAGCUUCUUCUUGGUGAUGCCGGUGCAGAGGGUCACCAAAUACCCGCUGCUGCUGCGGAAGAUCCUGGAGAACACCCCCACCAGUGCCAGUGCCUACCCGGCCCUGCAAGCAGCUGUCCACGCCAUGGGCCAGGUCAACGCCAACAUCAAUGAGUACAAACGGCGCAGAGAAGUGGCAACCAAAUACAACAAGGCCGAGCACCUGACGCUGCGGGACCGCUUCGCACGCCUCAACACGCACUCCAUCGCCAAGAAGACCACACGGCUGAGCCGGCUCUUCAUGCACGAGGCCGGCAUCGUGGCCAAGACGGAGGACAGGGAAUACGACGACCUGGAGGAAAAGUUCCAGUGCGUGGUGUCCAGUGUGGCUGCACUGAAGGAGAAUGUGGCGUCCUAUCUGGGCCAUUUAGAGGGACCUGCCCAGCAGUACCGCCGCUUUGCAGAAUAUCUCCAUGGCACUGUAUUCCCAGAGUUCAAGCGACGGCUGGACAGGCUGGUCUGCCAGCCACUCUGCAGCCUCUCAGACAUGCUGGUGGGGCCACAGCAGCUCGUCAAGAAGCGCCUGGACAAGCUGCUGGACUAUGAGGAGAUCCAGGAGCGGAAGAGUGAGAUGGGCAGCGUGACAUACGACGAGGAGGCAGCCAUGAAUACCUACCUUGCCAUCAAUGCCCUGCUUGUGGCCGAGCUCCCGCGGUUCAACCAGGUGGCUCUCCAGCUUCUGGGGCAGAUACUGUGCUCCUUCAGCACCCUGCAACGGGACUUGGCUGCCCAGGUCCUGCACCAGGCAGAAAAGGAGCUGGAGCAGAUGCCCCAUGGCCGUAUGCCUGUGCCCAGUUUCUGGAAGAUGGUGGAAGACACCUUGCGGCAGUCUGGGGCUCAGCUCCAUUCCUUCUGCCAGACGUUUGAGACGGUCACACCAAGCCCUGUGACACAGCCUCUGAACCCUGCCGAGGAGCGGAAGGUCCUUUCCCUCGUGAGCAAGCACGGCCCAGACAAACUUUACCAAGUGACAAGCAACAUCAGUGGCAGCAAAGACUUGGACCUGACCUUGCAAAGGGGACAGAUUGUAGCUCUGCUGCAGAGUGUGGACACUAAGGGGAACACAAGCAGAUGGCUGGUGGAUGCUGGAGGUCCCCGAGGGUUUGUGCCUGCUGGAAAACUCCAGCCCUAUUGCCCGGUGCAAAGCCAGCAGCCCGGGAUGCAGAUGCCAGCCUUGGAGAACAGCACAGAACGAAGGCGAUAUUCGUAUGCACCACCUGAAGCUCCCAGGCCCCAGGUGGCCACCUUCACCCCAGCUUUCCAGGUGGUCGCCGGCUUCUCCUUCGCAGCCCGGAGUCCGCAGGAGGUGAGCCUCCAGGCAGGGCAGCCCGUGGUGGUGCUGGAGCCACACGACAAGAAGGGGAGCAAGGAGUGGAGCCUGGUGGAAGUGAAUGGCCAGAGGGGCUAUGUGCCCUCCAGCUACCUGAUGACUGUCCCUGUGCAGGAGCCCAUGGGCUGGAGCUUGCCUGUGUGA